AUGUCGGCUCGAUCACUCGUUGGUGGCGUUCGCCCGCUUUGCGCAUCACGCAUUUGCGCCGCUCUGCCCGCUCUGCCCGCUCUGCCCGUGAUGCGCCUUGCACCGCGUAUUCUUGUCGCGCCCACCACGCCACUAGCGUUCACACCACGCAUCGGUCGCACCUUUACCUCGUCCGCGCGCUCUCUCUCCAAAGACACAAGUUGGACAUCGCGCGGCACGGUCAAGUACUCGGAACUCAAACCGGAAACCGCCGCGCCCUCUGGUGAGAUCACGAUCAUCGACGUUCGCGAACCCAACGAGGUCGCCCAAGGCAUCAUUCCUUCGGCUGUCAACGUACCGCUCUCUCAAUUCCAAAAAGCCUUUUCUGGUGAUGGAGGCGACUUUCUGCGCGAAUUUGCCUUCCAACGUCCCGCAUACGACGACAAGGUGAUCUUCUACUGUCGAAGCGGCAAACGCAGUCAACAGGCCUUGGAAUUCGCUCAGAAGAACGGCUGGUGGAACGUCAGAAACUAUCAAGGCAGCUGGCUCGAUUGGGUCCAACAGGAGGAGGCUAGAGGCCAGGCCAGCAAGGUCAAGGAAGAAGACGAUUGA